AUGGCCUGGUGCAUGCAUGCAUAUUCUCUUCUUUUGCAACUGGUUAUCAACCCUGAUAAGGACGACGACGAUAUGCACCCUCUGAUUUGUGCCCAACAUCCCGAACAAGCCAAAGAGCGCAGGAUGGACGCUGCUGACUGUACCAUCAGGCAAGCCAAAAGAGAGGCUACGAUUUCGUCUUUCGAGGAGAAUGGUACUGACGAAUGGUUGCUUACAUGCUGCUCGUGGCUUGGCCAAGUAAACCUGAUGGAACAAGAUGAGCAACAGGACAGCAUAGGUACAGUCACGAGUACUGUACGUAAAUUAUUUCGUGAUUGCAUGUCUCAGAGCAGCGUUCGUUCCUGCGCAGCGCUGAGGCGGUCUCUGAUUGGUGGUGGUGGCCUUGGACGCUGGGCGAUCGGAAUCAGAGCAAGAGGACCCUGA